AUGACUUUCAUCACGGGGGCCCUGGAUAGGGCGCUCUCCUCUGGCCAGGCGCUCAGUGGAGACCUCCUGUCACAGGCGAGGACCACCUCGGCGGCGACUCUGCGCAUGGAGGCGGAGAGGAGGCAGCUGCUGGACCUGCCCACCUCUCAGAUGUCCCUCUUCGGCCCGGACAUGCAGGCCUGGGUGGCGAGACUGGAGUCUGCAGCUAAAGACUCGGCUAGGCUAGCCCCGCACCUAGCACCGAGGCGCGAGGCCCACCAGCCAUUACGGAGCCGGGACAGAGGCAGAGAGCGUUGGCCCGGGAGGCAUCCUGACCCGUAUCCGCGCUCUGUUAUCCAUCGUCCCCCCCUCGACGAGGCCCCCGGGUCCAGACAGACCCACGGGUGGCUUGCGGGAGCAACGCACCCACCACCGACCUCCCUAUGGUAG